GUCCUUCACCCUAUAUAUAUAUAUAUAUAUGCCCCCGUCCCCUCAAGGGCUUGGACUUAUGGUAUUUCAUGGGCGUGCAACCUCAUCCAACAUUGCCAAACACUACAUGGAGAUAAGCCAGAGCAUCUAAAAUCAUUUGCUCAGGCGUUGAUGUCAAGAGUUUUUGCUGAAUGCCAAGAAGCGGGUUUGCCCGAAAUCGCCUGGUUUUGCCUCUCCGAAAAUGCUUCAGCAAUGUCUUUCUACGGAGGCUUGGGUUUCACACCAAGCGCUGCGACGGUAUGGAACUACUCGGAGAUGUAUGACACGACAUCGUGACAAGAAAAAGAAACAGAGAUGUAGCCAUGCCUAUGUACCGACCCUGACGCUGACAGAGCUGAUCAAGCUGAUCAUGGCAUCCUAUUCAAAGUCAUCGGCCAAGGCUGGCAGCAACGUUGGUGGAGGUGGCUGGGCGAAAGCCAAGCACCAAUCUGCAGGAGGAGGCGGUAGCACUUUGGAGCGGAUUCAGCAGAUCGAGUUGGAGAUCUCCAGAACGCAGAAGAACAAGGCAACAGCCAAACAUCUUGGAGAGCUCAAGGCCAAGUUGUGCAAGCUCAAGCGUGACUUGCUGGAACCUUCGGGCGGAGGUGGCGGCAAGUGUGCAGGCUUCGAGGUGCAGAAGAUUGGAGAUGCACGCAUUGGACUUGUUGGCUUUCCUUCAGUCGGGAAGUCUUCCUUGCUCACAGCUCUCACCGGCGUACAGUCGGAGGCUGCUGCAUACGAGUUCACCACAUUGACCUGCAUCCCGGGGGUGAUCUACUACAAUGACGUUCGCAUCCAGCUCUUAGACUUGCCCGGGUUGAUUGUUGGUGCUUCCACUGGGAAAGGUCGUGGACGACAAGUCAUUGCAACGGCCAAGUCUUGCGACAUCAUUUUGAUGGUCUUAGAUCCCACAAAGGAUGAUGCGCAAAAGGAGAUGCUGACAAAGGAGUUGGAGAAUGUCGGCAUCCGAUUGAAUCGGAAACCUCCGGAUGUGACAGUGCGACAAACGAAAGGAGGAGGAUUGAAGUUCCAGGCGACUGUUCCACUGAACCAUUUUGACGAAGAGGUUUGUGCAACAGUGCUGAAGCAGUACAAGAUGCACAACGCUGAUGUGUUGGUUAGAGAGGACAUCACAGUAGAUGAUUUCAUCGACGUCAUUGACGGAAAUCGAAAGUAUUGUAAAUGUAUUUACGUGUACAACAAGAUAGAUUUGUUGAAACUCGAAGAAGUGGAUGAGCUGGCUAGAAGACCACAAUCCGUGGUCGUUUCAGUUCAAAACAAAUGGAAUUACGAGUUUCUCCUGCGUAGAUUGUGGGAUGAGAUGGAAAUUCUCAGGGUCUACACCAAGAAGAAAGGCCAGUUUCCAGACUUCUCGGACCCUAUCAUCAUCACUCCACAGCGCGGAAACAAGCAGUUUACGGUUGAAAACGCCGUGCUGCUGUUGCACAAAUCGCUGCUGGAAGACUUCAAGCAUGCCCUCGUGUGGGGCAGCAGCGUCAAACAAUCUCCCCAGGUGUGUGGCAAGGAUCACAUUUUGCAUGACGAAGAUGUGAUCCAAAUUGUGAAGCUCACAUCGGCGGAGAAGGCUAAAGCGCUCCACGGCAAAAAGACAGGAGCAUUGGGGGAUCAUUAUUUCGGUAUCACCAACGUUGUGGCCCGGGUUUUUCUCAAUCGCCUCAUUGACUCGUCAAUCAAUCCAGAGCUCCCAUGGGCCGCGCUGAUGGCGCCAUUAGCGCUUCGGCAACACACCAAAGUCAUCUCCCAGCUGGGCAGCUUGGGAACUUGGACCAAAGUCUUGCAGCUGCUGGGGAAGAUGCGCAGCAUGCGGGUGCAACCCAAUGUCAUUACCUACAAUUCCAGUAUCCAUGCAUGCGGUCGAAGCUCUGUGUGGCAGCAUGCACUGGCCUUGCUAGAUGAGAUGAAACAAGCCUCUUUGCAACCUGACAAUAUCUCUUACAACAGCUGCAUCUCUGCAUGCGAAUGUGCAGCUGGCCAAAAAGAUCUGGCUGCUCAGCUGGUCGCAGAGAUGAGAAAUGCAUCCCUGGAUGCCGACCUGGUGACCUUCAAUGCUAGCAUCAGCUUCUGUGAGAAAGUUUCAGACUGGGAGGGAGCCUUGCAGAAUUUGACAACGAUGGACAUCAGUUACAUCCAAGCCGACGCGGUCACCUAUGGCGCCAGCAUCAGUGCAUGCGAGAAAGGCGCUCAAUGGAUGGCCGCCUUGCUCUUAUUGGAAGAUAUGCUCGAAAGGAGGCUGCAAAGCAAUGUGGUAGUCCAGACUGCAGCCAUCAGUGCUUGUGCCAAAUCUUCCAAAUGGCAAACUGCACUAUGGGUCCUGAAGCGAAUGGAGGCCGAAGGCUUGCUUGGGGAUGUGAUUGCUUACAGCGCCAGCAUCAAUGCCUGCAAAAAGGGUGCAGCCUGGGAAGAAGCUCUGGAACUGUUGAGGGGCAUGAAAGAUGCUGGGCCGGAACCAAAUCUAGUUGUCUACUGCGCAACCAUGAGCGCCUGCGAGAGAGCCUCCCAGUGGCAGGGAACCAUGUUUCUCUUCAGCGAACUGCAAGGACGGUUUCUCGAGCCCAACCUGAUUGCAUUCGCUGCCAGCAUCAGUGCAUGUGACAAGGGCUCUCUUUGGCAGCAGGCAAUGCAGCACUUGUCAGAAUUGACAGACCGUGGCUUCGAGGUUGCCGUUCGAUUUUUGGAGCGAGAAGCAGGUACAUCAGCACAGGGUGUGUUUCCUAAGCAUAGCGUGAACUUACCGCCCCGAGAUGCGUUUCGACCUCCGGCGGCUGCUCCAAAAGGACUUUCGCUUCCGCUGGGUCGAAAUCGAGCACAAGGCACUGGCGUGCUAUUGGUUUUGACUUUCUUGACGUCGGCUGUAGCGAACAGAGUGGCGAACCGGAUCCUCUUGGUCCCCAUGGCAAAGCACAGCCUUUUCCUUUCGCUGGCCACGAGUGCUGCCCAGUUGGCCGCCUAUUUGUUGCUGCUACUGAGCCGCUCCUGGCACCAGUCCCUAAGCCCUUUCUUAGCCUUCGUGGCCGAUUUUUGGGUACCCUUGUGCCUCACUGGACUUUGCGAGGGAUGCUUUUAUCCCCUGGUUUUCGCGGCGGCCGCCAAACUGCCUGGUGGAUUGGUGCAGGUCUUGAACCAGUCCAUUGUCCCCUACACGGUUCUCUUCAGCGUGGUCCUUGUUGGUCGCUCCUAUGAGUCGUUGCAGCUCCUUGGUGUGGCUGUGGUACUCUUCGGUGUUUUGGUGGCCGUUGGCAUGCCUCUUGGCGUUGAUUUGCAAGGAGGAGCUUGGAAUGACGUGCUACAAUGCACAGGCCGGUGA